UUUCCGGUUGUGAUUAUCAUGGCGGAACAUGAGAGUCAGAAGAAUUAUUUUAUCAGAAAACUUGAAAAAAAUGAUGGUUCUUGUUUGAAACUCAAUCAGUGCUAUAUGGGAGAUGUCGGCUGUGUUGUUUGGGAUGCAGCGAUCGCGCUAGCAAAGUAUUUAGAGACAAAGAAGUUUAUUGAUUCAUCCAAAGAAAUGAAUGCAUGGGCUGGAAAGAGGGUCGUUGAGUUAGGAGCUGGCACAGGAGCUGUUGGGCUGAUGGCUGCUUCACUGGGGGCUCAUGUUUUUGUGACAGAUUUGGAAGACCUGGAGACCCUAUUAAAUUUAAACAUUCAAGAAAAUCUGGAUCUGGUUAACAAGGGCUCCAUAACUGCAAAGGUACUUAAAUGGGGUGAAGAUGUAUCUGAUUUCUUGCCUCAUCCACAUUAUAUCCUUAUGGCAGAUUGUAUCUAUUAUGAACAGUCUGUUGUUCCUUUGGUGGAGACACUGAAGCUGCUCGCUGGUCCAGAAACCUGCAUUAUUUGUUGUUAUGAACAACGAACAGAAGGCAUAAACCCCCAAAUAGAGAAAAGAUAUUUUGAGUUGCUGAAACAAAGCUUUUCCACUGAGGAAAUACCUUUAGACCAACAAGACCCAGAUUUUAGCUGUCCAGAAAUCCACAUAUUACAUGUCAGAAAAAAGCUUGAAUGAUUUUGUACUCUGUUUUUAUUGUAGUUUAUUAUGUUUGUGUGA